ACACACACACACACACACACACACACGAACACGCUCAGAACUUGUUGCUCCGUGGAGGAACAGAAGCGGCUCGUUCGUAGAGUCUGAGGAGAAAUUCAAAGAGCAGAUCCGCUAAACUACAGACUGAAGCGAUUCUCGGCGGUUUGAGAUCAGGAUGUGUGUGAAGUGAGCUCUGCUCGUGUGGAGCUGGAGUUUCUCUGACGAGCAUCAUCAUGUCUGGCUCAGUCCAGCUCUGCUUCUCUCGGACUGAUCUCUCUCUCGUGGGAUGUUCUGAUCGUCAGUGAAGAAGAGUCGAGUUUGGUGGAGUUUCUGCAGAAGACUGAGAUGAUGAUGAUGAUGGUGGUUAGUUGGGGCGCUUUUCUCCAGACUUGCUUGAUAAUGAUGGUGAGAGCAAACCAGCAGAACCCAAGAGAGACCAGGUGCGACCUCAACACCAAACAAAGCGAGCUCAACUCCUUCCUGUGGACGAUAAAGCGAGAGCCGCCCUCGUACUUCUACGGCACCAUUCACGUCCCGUACACACGCGUCUGGGACUUCAUCCCCGAGAACUCCAAGCAGGCCUUCCAGGAGAGCAGCAUGGUUUGCUUCGAGCUGGACCUGACCGACCCGUACACCAUCUCAGCACUGAGCAGCUGCCAGCUGCUGCCGCAGGGACAGAACCUGCAGGACCUGCUGCCCUCAGACAUCUACCUGCGGCUCAAGACUCACCUGGAGUACGUCAAGCUCAUGCUGCCGUCCUGGAUGACCCCGGACCAGCGCGGCAAGGGCCUGUAUGCAGACUACCUGUUCAACGCCAUCGCCGGGAACUGGGAGCGCAAGCGGCCCGUGUGGGUGAUGCUGAUGGUCAACUCUCUGACCGAGGCCGACAUCAAGACGCGUGGCGUCCCUGUGCUGGACCUGUAUCUGGCGCAGGAGGCCCAGAGGAUGAGGAAGAGGACGGGAGCCGUGGAGAAGGUGGAGGAGCAGUGCCAUCCUCUGAACGGACUCAGCUUCUCUCAGGUGAUCUUUGCUCUGAAUCAGACGCUCCUGCAGCAGGAGAGUCUCCGCGCCGGGGGCCUGCAGAUGCCCUUCACCACAGAGCACCUGAUCAAGCAUUACAACUGUGGAGACCUCAACUCCAUCAUCUUCAGCCACGACACCUCGCAGGUGCCGAGCUUCAAGAACGUGACGCUGCCAGCGAGCGAGCAGGUGACAGCACAGGAGAUCGAGCACUACUUCAGACAGGAGCUGAUCUACAAGCGUAACGAGCGCAUGGGCCGGCGCGUCCGAGCGCUGCUGGAGGAGCAUCCCGACAAGAGCUUCUUCUUCGCCUUCGGAGCAGGUCACUUUCUUGGAAACAACUCUGUGAUUGAUGUCCUGCGGCGUGAAGGUUAUGAGGUGGAGCACACACCUGCUGGACAGACGCUACACAGUGUCUCGGAGCGUGAGCCGCUGGAGCCGUUCCUCCACGAGAGUCGUGAGCUUCAGGAGGACGAGGAGCCACAUCUCCUGCAGCUCUUGGAGAAGAAGCACAAGCUGAAGAAGAAGCAGCAGCAUCGAAAGUUCAACGACCUCUGGGUGCGGAUGGAGGACAGUGUGACGGAUCAGGCUCCGCCUCCGGUCGUCCGCAUCAUCAACGGUUACAUCCCAGUCCAGACACACCCACAGGAGCAUGGCAGAGCCAAUCAGCACAGGACGUUCUCAGGCUCCUCCUCCUGGAGCCCCGCCCUCACUGGGACGGUUCUGUGUGUUCAGAUUCUGCUGCUGAUGCUUUCAUGACGUCUGAUGAGUUUAACCCUGAACCUCCCGGAGACUCUGAGCUUCAUGAUGGAUUAAUGGAACGCUUCACUUCGGCUCUUGAAGAAUCACUUCCUUGCAAACGAGAUGUAUUAUAGAUGUAAUUUAGAGUUUUGAAUAAAGCAUUUGUUUGUUCACUUAUUAUAUAAAUAUAUAAAGAAGAGUCAUUAUAUUUUUGUGACUAAAUCAGCUAUACUAACCGGCUUAACUGACCCCGAUCAUGAGACAGCAGCAGUGAGUUUCUGUUUGUAAAACAUUAGAAAUCAGAUCACUUCCACUUUCAGUUCAGUGGCAGUUUUUACAUAAAAACAGAUUUACAAGCGAUUUGUGCAGAAGGCAGUUUCACGCCGUUGAGUUUCUUCUUCUAUCUGUCAACUUCAUGCAUUUGAUGAUUGUUUAAAAUGUGAUGUUUAAUUUAUUGAAUAGAUAGUUUUAGUUGAUCUAAAUGUGUUGAUGUGAUUGUUUAUGACAGAAUGAUGCAAUGUAAAUCAUGUCUGGUGUUUGUGACGUUACAGUAAUUAUGUUUAUGAUGUUACAAGAAAUAAAGUAUUUAUCUAGUUCAAGGUUCUCCAAAGGAGAGAUGAACACAGAUGUU